AUGGGAGGGAAAUAUCAAAGGCUCAAAGGGCAGAAAAGGAAACAUUUCAAGUCACCCAACACGAGUCUGGCCAAAAUCCUGAUCUUUCCCAUGACCAUCAGGGAAAACACCAAAGUUGAAUUGUUGGGCUGCAUGACAGGCGUGGCUGCGAUUGGAUGGGGCACCUCUCCGCAAUUCCGUUGUGCCAGCCUUUUGGUGAUCCCUAAAUUCCUGGGGAAGGAAGGACGGCUUUAUAUUCUCACCUACAUGUUAGCUGCUGUCUACGAUGGCCCGGUGGCAAAUAUCCGUCACAAUCUGGGUGAAGUGGUGCGAUCCAUCAGCUGCACGGUGGAAUUACAGAUCGAAAACGCCAAAAAAGCUUGGAAAAUUUCAUUGGCUCCGAUGCGGAAGAUCCUCAAAGACAUGGUGAGAAGCGGGAAAACUUUGAGAACCGAGUCCCAAGAGGUCUCGCGCUCUUUUACGGAGCUGAACAAGCAAGUGGCUAGCCGAGCCGGCACGGAGAGCCGUUUGGUGCGUGAAGCCGACGGAAGCGCCUCGACCCAGGAAGUCUACGAGGCGAAGACGCGGAUGCGUUGCCAACUAAUGAACUCUUGGUGCCGGGACAAGAUCCCCGUGGAAGGGAACUUUGGCCAAACGUACGACCGGGUGAACGACUCGGUGGAAAACCUAAACCAAGAUUUCACAGCCAGCGUUGUCAUCCAGGAGGAGCGCCAGGAGAUGCUGGUGGGGGCCAACCUGUCCUCCCACAAACACCUGGUGGACGACGUCAACGAGCAGGUGUACCAGAGCAGCAAACAGCUGGGCACGGCGGUCACCAUGCUGCGGGUGCUGCUGUCCUGCAUGUUUAUCCUGGUUUUCGCCUCGGCUUAUUCCUAUACCAACAAGUAUAACGAAGAUAUCCGUUUCGAUAACCUGUAUAUCUCCCGUUACUUCCGGCAAAUCGAUGCCAGGCGCCGGAAACAGAAAAAGCGGACGCUUCUUCCCCUGCGCCGUGCGGAGGAGAGCCGGGUCAUCGAGCCCCUGCGCCUGGCCUUCCAGCCGGCCGAGACCAAGUCUGUGGUCAGCAGCCACCACUUGGAAGUCAAGGUUGGCGGGGAAACCCUGAUGGCCCGUCUCCUCCGGAGCACCAUCGGGGCCCUGAACACGUCCUCCGAAAUGGUGAUGGAGACCAACAACCUGCAGUGUUUGCCAGAGCCGCGAGGGAUGAGCCGGGACGACUACGUGAAAUGCGCCACCCCACUAGGCGCCUUGGUGGUGCUAUGCUUCCUGCAAGUCUACGUUUUCCGUCUCCGGAGGGUCAUCGCGGCCUUCUACUUCCCCAAGCGUGAGAAGAAACGAAUUAUCUACCUCUACAACGAAAUGCUUCGUCGGCGUGUGGCUUUCGUCCUUGUGCAACGCAAGCGCAUCAUUCUGCAGGCGCGGAGGCGCAAGAGAGUGAGGAAGCCGCUGCUGAAUCGGAUCGGACGCUGCUGUCCCUUCCUGAAACGGAUCCUCCUCCGGCGCUGCAUUCUUUGCAACCGGCCCGAAUCCCGCCAUUCGCUGACGUGCUCGAACCCCGAGUGCGAAACCGUUUACUGCCGAAUUUGCUGGAAAGACAUGGGCAAAACCUGCUUUGCCUGCCAUCCCGAGGACCUGGUCUCGGAGGACGAGAGCAGCGAGGGAGAAACGGGCUACGCCGAUUAA